AUGGCGAGAUUCCAAAUAAUGUUGUGGUUUUACUUGUGCAUAUUUAAAAUCAUAGCCAGUGACUGUCCCCGCCCGUGUACAUGCUCUGGCGCCCACAAUCUGACGGUGGUCUGUUCAAAUCUCAAGUUGGCAGCCUUGCCCGUGACCUCCGCGUCAACUGUAACCUUAGACCUCUCCAACAACUCACUGGGUCCAAUCAUCAAUACAAGUUUUGUCCAAAUGAGGAACCUGACAUCCAUUGACCUGUCCUCGAACGGCCUGACCCGUUUGUUAGGGUGUACCUUCAGUGGAAUGUUGCAGCUGAUCACUGUUCGUCUCCGCAACAACCGUCUGACAGCACUGCCAGACAGUCUCUUUGCAGACUCCAACAAGCUGGAGUUUUUAGAUGUCAGCUUCAAUCGGCUGACGGAGAUACCCGAUCUUACUUUCCGGAACACACCGGACUUGAAGUUUCUAGACGUGUCCAAUAAUUUGAUUAGUCAGCUCAAGCUAGGGGCUGGGUUUCAGGUACCGAAAAGGAUUCAAAGCAUUGACGUAUCCCACAAUCCCAUUGAGACUAUCCCGAGCACUUCCUUGGAAACAACAUCCGGCUGGGAGAUCGUUUCCAGGGCAAUAUCCCUGGCCUACUGCCGACUGUCUUCCAUAGAGGAUGGAGCGCUGGCCAGCAUCCCAAACCUAAACCAUGUUGACUUAUCUGGCAACAGUGGUCUGUCUUUGGCCAGCAUUGGAGCUUUAGUCAAAAGCCUGGAAAGCAAGGGAUUGGAAAGACUAUCUAUCGCCUUCAUGAAUUUGACGACAAUUGAUGCAUUAUUCAGUGACACCACUGAGCUUCCAUUGAAGUUCUUAAAUUUGAGCUUUAAUUAUAUCACCGAUUUGCCUGCAGGUUUAUUUGCCAAUGCCAAGAACAUUCGGGUUUUGGAUUUGAGUGGAAACCUUAUCUCCGCGAUCACCGAUGGAUUCUCUGAUCUAGUUCACCUGGAAGCGCUCAACAUUUCUAGCAAUAGAUUAGAGAGUUUUCAGGGCCAACCCGUGACCCACUUAUCAAAUCUACAGACUGUGGAUGUUUCUAGUAACCGGCUGAGGGAUUCCAGUCGUGUGGACUUCUCUUCACUGGAGCAUCUCAAGCACCUCAACGCUAGAAACAAUUAUUUGAACGCAGCUAACUUGCCCACCGGUACCUCAAACCUGCAACAUUUAGAUUACAGCUAUAACAGAAUAAGUGAAUUUCGUGGACUUGAAGACGCGACGAUGCUGGAGAUAGUUGAUUUCAGCAACAACCAGCUCCACACCUUGCCUGGUUUGUUGUUUAAAGGAGCUAGGUAUCUGAAACUUGUCAAUUUUAGCAGCAACCACAUCACAACUCUUGACCAGGGAGCGUUUCUGCCUCAAUCUUCGAUAGUGAUUGACCUGUCUUACAACUUUCUGAGGGAGCUCCAGUACUCAAACUUGCUGGCCACUCAGAGGCUGUACAUCAGGCACAAUAACCUCACAGACAUAAACAGUCACGCUUUCUAUGGAAUGACCGGGCUAGCAGAACUGGACUUAUCUCAAAACAGGUUGUCCAGUCUUCACGUGGACCUCCUCGACCAUGGCAAUGGUCUUAGACACCUGAAUCUGUCGCACAACUGGCUGGACAAUAUAGACGGGUUUACGUUAUUUCGCAACCUUGAGCUUUUAACUACUUUAGACUUGGGAUAUAAUCAUAUCUCCAGUUUAAACGAAUCAUUUUUUCUGCCACUUUAUGAAGUUAAAACGGUGUCGCUUCGUAACAACCGCCUUCGAAAUAUUAUUCCAGACACAUUCAAAGAACUGAAAGUAAUAGAGCAGCUAGAUUUGUCGGACAAUCCUUUUGACUGCUCUUGUGAAGGACUAGAUUUCAGAGACUGGCUUAAACAGACAAAGUUGCCGAUUCUUGGAUUAUACGACAUGAAUUCUAGCGCAUAUCAUUGCCACACGCCUCACGAACGGGCUGGUUUUCAUGUGACCCAGUGGAGCACAGAAGAGUUCGAGUGCGACAAAUCUAUAUUGUAUAUUAUUGCUUUCUGUUCCACCUUUGUUCUCCUCACAGCAUUAGGGUUGGCUGGUGCGGGCUUGUACCGAUUAAUCAGAAACUGGAGAAGACAAAAGGCAGAAGUCAAAAGGGCGGCUUCAGAAAUAGAAGACGAAAAAAUCCAAAGAGCUAAGAAAGUUGAUUUUGUUAGGUUGUCCAAUUCCAGAUUGGUAGACGAGAAGAAGGUAGGUAAUCAUAAGAAAACCGAAUACACAGACAGACGUAACGGCUACGUCCCUUGGCCUGGGGGAGCUCAGAAAAGUCAGCAAAGAGGCAGAAGUACCGGUACAAAAGACACAGAUAAGGAGCGAAUCCUUCCAGACGACAACACGGCAGGAGAAGAGCGAGAGAGUAGUGAGGGCAGGUAUUAUGAGAAGUUGAAGAGGCGGGAAUGGGCCGAUGAAGACGCAGAGAAACAGCGAAGAAGAGACAGAAACGAGAGACCUCAUAAACAGAGCGCUGCUGAUGAUGAAGCUGAAAACAUUAGGGACAGAAAUGAUGAAAGACCAGGGGGUCAAAGGGCGAGGGAGAGUUCCAGUCAACAGCGCUACUUCCACUCGACAGGCAGGAUACCAUCCAAUUACGAUGACUUCGCGAGGGGCGAGCAGCUAGAACGUGAGAGAUUGCUCCAUGCAGAUCCGAGAUUUCGGGAAGGUCCAUAUAUUAUCUCCUCCGCAAAUCCGUUCCCCAGUCGCUGGGAGCCUCCAGGACCUUGGCAGGAGCACGAAGACCGAUCUAGCCGCUAUUACGUGAAGCCAAGAGGCGACGGUCAACAAACGGACAGUAAUACGCCAGUGUCAUUGAUGGACAGAGACAUAAUAAAACAUGGACGCGUCUUCAGACCAAGAGACAGAUCUAGUAGCCAAUACAUCCAUCACCAACCAUUAGAGGUCCAUUUCAACCACGACGGUGAACCAAAGCGCUAUCAGAGGGGCCACAGAGAAGUCCCUCAACAAACCCACAACCGCCGACAAAGAUCGUACAGCUAUCAUUAUCUUCCGGAAGAGUACCUUCUGGACAGCCAUUAUGAGCCAGAUUUGGGUCGGCGGCAAUACGAGAGUGUUGAACCACAAGGUCGACCAGUUGGCGUGGGGCAUCGAGCUCUAUCUCAGCCCUACCUGGGUCAGGAAGAUGCUUCGGUCUGGUUAUAA